UGUUUUUGGUUUUGCAUCUUUGUUUGUUUGUAGUACUAAUUUGUGACUUAUGGUCUGACAUCUUGCUUUUUUGUCUUAAACCAAGAAUAGUUUAAUAAAUAAUGCACAGUUGCCAUAUAGUAAUGACAAUGAUGUAAAUAUGAAGGUGUGCUCUAGAGACCAGUUAGACUAAGGACCUGCAGAGAAGCCAGCAAAAACACUGAUAUUUCAUUUUCUAAUAUUCUGGAAGGAAGAGUUCUAGUUCUCAGUCACUGGCUUUGAGCAUCCACCCACUGGUCCACAAACAAAAUAAAACUGUGUGUAUAUAAUUGUGUGUAUGCAACCAAACAGAAUUUCCCACAGGAAAGUCCUUAUUAUUGUUCUCCUGCAUUAACAGGAAAUAAAACGAUGAUAAGACAAUUUGCUUCUGUUUUCAUAGAAUCACAGAAUAGUUGGAUUGGAAGGGAUGUUAAAGCCCAUCCAGUUCCACCCUGUGCUGUGGGCAGUGCCAUCCACCAGCUCAGGCUGUUCAGGGCCUCAUCCAACAUGGCCUUGAGCACCUCCAGGGAUGGGGCAUCCACAGCUUCUCUGGACAGCUGUGCCAGGGCCUCACUGCCCUUUUGUGUCCUUUAUAGGUCAUUCCUUUUGUCUGAAAUGGCUAAGGAGAAUUAUCCUUCAUUAACUGAAGUUGUAAAACAAGUUGCUGAGCAGCAGCAUUUACAGUCAUCGGAGAUAGAAAAAAACAAAAUCAUUCUUUUCCAGUUGCAGGUUAGAUAUCAGGAGCUAGAAAAAGAAAUGGAUUCUAUUAUGUUAGAAAUGAAGACAACAGAAAGGGAAAUACAUCUGCAAGAUGAUGCCAUAGCAGUGACGAAGUAUCACUGUGAAAGCCUAGAAGCUGAAGUCAGAGCCCUAUAUUCUGAAAAUAUGAAGCUGAGGUUUGAUGUAGAAACAAUACAGGAAGAAUAUGAGAUGGCAACUGCAAGAAAUAGUAAAUAUCGGGAAAAAAUAAAGGCUCAUAAAAGUCUCUUUUGGGAGAUGGAAAGUAAAAUGCCCAUUGUGAUUGAACUUGCUAAAAAGAAAGCUAUUGUUACAGAGCUGAGGAUAAAGAAAGAAGAGUUAAUGAGUGACCUCCAGAAUCCAGAAGGCUCUGCUAUAAAGCAAGUGCAGGAAGAAAUUGCGCUUAUAAAACAGGAAAUCACAUCGGUGAAGGAUUUCAUCAAUAAAAAAACGGAUUUGCUGGAAGAAAUUAAAAAAGCUCACACUAAGCUUAGAAAAGAAAUUGAGGUACAGAAUAAAAGAUAUGAUGCGAUUCUGAAACGUUUGCAUUGUCAGCUGAACAAACUUCAUUCAAACAAAAGACAAUGGCGCUGGAACAUACAGCAGAUGGAGAAAAAGGCAGAAGAACUCAAAAAGCAUCUUGGAGAAGUGGAGUUACAGAUUAUCACCUAAAACAAACCUAAAGAAGAUAUAAUGCAAUACAGAGUGGGUAAUAUUUUCCAGAUAGGGUUAUAGUUUUUUUUUGUUUUGUUUUGUUUUGUUUUUUGUUAUUUGUUUGUUGGAUUGGGUUUUCUGGGAGGCAAAUGCUACAAACAGUAAAGUAGCUCAAUUAAAUUAAUCUCAAUCUAAUGUCUUUGGAAUAACAUAUGGACAUAUGAUUUCCAGCUACAAGAGGCAUAUGAACAAGUAUACUCAGAUGAAAACUUCAGAUAGACCAACUUCAAAUGGUCAAAUAUAUGUUUCCCCAGUAGCUAGCAAAGAGGAACGAAUAGAUUAAGAGAGUACUGCAUCCAGAUAGAUUUUAAAAUGGAACAACUCACUAUCUAGAGACAGCAAUUGUUGACCAUAGAUCACAGAUAACAGAACUUGGAGUAUAGAGGAUAUUAACUAAGUAGCCAUCUAAUGCUAAGAAGAGUUCAAUUCUGGAUAAGAUCAUUCUUAACAUAAGUGACCACCAGAGACUCCUAUUAAAAUAGUGAACUGUAGAUGUUUUUCCUUGCCACAUUUUUAUUAUGUGCUUCCAUUUGUGAAAUUUACAGUAUUUUGUCUAUUCUUAUACUUACAGUAUUAGUUCUGGCUGAACGUAACCAGAGACAUUUAUCUGUUAUGUGAAAGUAGGUAGUGUUUUACUUGGAGUACUGUCUUACAUACAUAGAGUUGUCUUUAUACCUGAAUAUAGACUGAAGAUUUUAGGAAGUGAAGUGUUUUCUGUUAAAAGUGUUAAACUGCCCCUAUAUUUUCAACUUGGGAAAGCAAAGUUUAAAAUGCAAUACUGUUUUUGAUUUUCUUAGGACAUUCAUAUAGAAAUACGGGUUUUCCUUAAUAUGCAUUUUAAGUCACACGCUCUUUUUUUUUGAGACUAGAAGGGGCACCAACAGAUCUUUGUCUGG